AUGAAUGACGACGCCACCUUCAUCAGCAGCCUCCCAACGAGGGAGUUUGCCAAAGAAAUCAUCAGCAAUAAUGCCAAGGAUGGCAUAGAAAACCCAUUUUUCGUCGUCGACAUAGACGACCUGUUCUACAAGAUCGACCUUUUGAGAAAGCACAUGCCACGAGUGAAGCCAUUCUACGCCGUCAAGUGCAACAAUGACCCAGUUGUCCUGGAAGUGCUUGCGAGCCUUGAUAUCGGCUUUGACUGCGCAAGCAUCGCAGAAAUCGAAACCAUGGUCUCACUCGGCGUGGACCCAUCCCGCAUCAUCUACGCUCACCCACAGAAGCACGUCACCUACCUGCGCCGCGCCUGGAAGCAGGGAGUCGAUCUCAUGACCUUCGACUGCGCCCAUGAACUUUACAAGAUAAAGGAGCACUACCCAAGCGCGCGCCUAGUGCUGAGAUUGAAGGUGGAGAACAGGAAAGCUUGGUUCCGCCUGGGUGACAAGUUCGGCUGUUCCGAGACCGAGGCUGUCGAGCUGCUUCAUAUGGCCAAGGCCCUCGAAAUGGCCGUCGUGGGCGUAUGCUUUCAUGUCGGAGGAGGCAACGAGGAUGCCAGCGCUUUUGCGACAGCCAUUGCAGCGGCGAGGCGCAUCUUCGACGUCGGCCGUGACAUGGGUUUUGACAUUACCUUGCUGGACAUCGGUGGCGGCUUUCCAAGGGAACCGGGAUGUCACCCGCUUUUCAUAAAGACUGCGGAUAUCGUCAACGAGUGCCUGGAGGAGUAUUUCCCUGAAAAUUACGGCGUUACCGUAAUCAGCGAACCUGGUGGCUUUGUCGUUUCAUCAGCCUUCUUCCUCUGCACAAAGAUCAUCGGCAAGCGGAUGUGCGAGAGCAGUGACGAGAUUAAACAAGCUGUGUGCAUGUACUACAUCAACGAAUCUACGUACAAGUCUUUCAUGAUGGUCAUCUACAACGAAGAAAUUGCUCGUCCGGAGCCCUUAGAGGAGGUCGUUCGUCCCACGCAGCCAAGCAUGGUGUGGGGCAUCACGUGUGACAGCUCUGAUAAAAUAAAGGCUGCGUGUAGCCUUCCGGACAUGGAUGUAGGGGAAUGGAUGGCCUUUCCGAACAUGGGCGCAUACUCCACGACUGUUACUUCGCCCUUCAACGGGUUUCCAGACGCAGAAAUCCAUUACCGAGCAAGCAAGUGCAUCCAGUGA